AGGAGGAGCACUGGACAAAAUACACCACUGCAGGUUUCUGCAAACACCUGAAGUUAAGCUCUGUGCAUCAUCUGAGCGUCACAUUUGACAGUAUAGAUAUGGACGUGGACUGGGAAGAGAUCUGUAAGGUUUUCGUUGUUCUCGGAGGAGGUGCUGCAUCUGUGGCUCUGACUCCUGCUGCUCUGGCUGCACUGGGGUUCACUUCAACUGGAGUAGCAGCAGGUUCAGUUGGUGCCAAACUGAUGUCGUAUUUUGCAAUUGCAAAUGGAGGAGGAGUUGCAGCAGGAGGUCUAGUAGCAACCGCGCAGUCUUGGGCUAUGGGGGGUCUGACUGGAGUUGCCACUGGAGGUUUGGGCGGUGCUGGAGCAGGACUUGGUUGGGUGCUCUCACGCAUCUGUAACCAGACUGGAACACAUUAAGAUUUACAUCAUGAAUAUACACCAGAUGAUCUACAAAUGUUUCCUCCUGUGACAAAUCUCAACAGCCUAAAUGAAACUAUUUUCAUGUGUACAUGUCAGUUACUCAGAUUAAAGCAUGAAUUAUGAAUUAAGUUUUAAAAAUGGGUAAUGAAGAUUGCUGAUUUAUAUCCAUCAUUUCUGAAUAAAGUAUCACUGUGGAGGAUGAAGAUGUUUGAUUGGGUCCAAAGCCUGAUAUGAUGCUUCUGUUCUUUUCACAAAUUUAUAGUGAAAAUAAAAA